AUGUGGACAGGCGGGUUGGUGUUACUGUUAGCCGCGAGCGUGUCCGCGAUAACGCGUGACCAGUUCUAUCCUUACGGCCAUGGGGUGGAUCAGCGGCUACCUCGUGGUGCUGAAGUAUCCUCACCAGAAAUAGGGCUGAGCGUACCCAUUGUUUUCUACGGAGAGACGUAUGAAAGUAUUUUCGUAAACAAUUAUGGCGUAUUAUCGUUCAGAGCAGAUAUCCCAACUUUCCUAAACGCCGAGUUCCCUCUGCCGUAUCCGUCUAUCGCAGCAUUUUAUUCUAACAUUGACACCACAGAAUCAGGUGAGGUGUACUAUAGAGAAACCAAUGAAUCCCACGUCCUGCUUAAAGCCGAAGAGAGCGUGCAGAAUAACUUUCACGAUUACUAUGACUUCAAACCCACGAGCGUAUUUAUUGCUACCUGGCUAGAUGUCACUUAUUCAAGCUUGCAACGGCAGGAUCGUAAGAAUAGUUUCCAAAUUGCCAUUAUCAGCAAUGGCACGGAGACUUUCGUUGAAAUGUUGUAUCCCGAAAGGCAAAUACAAUGGAUUCAGAAGGAGCCCCAGCCAGGAAGUCUGCCGGAUGCAAAGGCGCAAGCUGGUUUUAUAGCCGAGGACGGUCGUCUGUUCACUCUUCGAGGUUCUGGUAGCCACCAGAUCAGAAAUGUUGUCUCAUGGUCUAACACUCAUGAACCUGGAAAAUACGUCUUUCGUGUAGGAAACAUACCACCAGACGGGACAGUAGCAGUCCCCGACCAAUAUGACCAAAACGAAGUUGAAGUAGAGGAAGAGACCAAAACUUGCGCUCAGAGCGGACCCAGCGUAUGUCACUUGCAAGCAAGAUGCGUUGACUACCAAGCCGGUAUUUGCUGUCAAUGUAACGAAGGAUUCUAUGGAAAUGGCAAAUCAUGCAUUAAGGACGAUGUUCCUUUAAGAGUUCAUGGAAAAUUAAAUGGUGUUAUCAACAACAUUAACCUUAAUGAUGUAGAUGUUCAAGCUUAUGUUGUGGUUGCCGAUGGAAGGACGUACACAGCUUUAUCGCAAGCGCCGCCAUCGUUAGGAAGUAGCUUACAGCUUUUGAAUGUUCUUGGAGGCGUAAUAGGAUGGCUCUUUGCUAAACCUUUAGGUUCAGGUAAAAAUGGUUACCAAUUAACUGGCGGACAAUUUAACCACACAGCAGAUAUUUACUUCCCAGAUACAAAAGAUAGAGUUAUUAUUAAUCAGGAAUAUGAAGGGCACGAUGUCUUCGAUCAGCUAACGCUUGGUGUCGACAUCCGAGGAACAAUUCCAUCUAUAUUGACUGGUACAAGAUUAGAAAUUUCUGAAUAUAACGAGGAGUACACAAUUGUAGAGCCGGGCUUAAUACAUAGUGCUUCAUCUAGAACAUUCACUAAUAAAAAUACUGGUCAAAAGUACGAGCAAAAGGUAUCACAAACAUUUUCAUAUAAUUCAUGUAAAUAUGCGCCACCAUCGCAAGAAGAUAUGGAACCGUUAACUUUGAAGGUUGUUAAAAACUACUUAAUUUAUGAAACCAGAGACAACAUUGUUAGAUAUAGUUCCAGUAACAAAAUUCAAUCAAGAGGCCAAGAAGAUCCGUGUAUAGAGGGCCGCAAUUCAUGUGGCCCUCAUAGCACAUGUGUUAUACAAGGGGAUUCUUUUGCCUGUAUUUGCCAAUCUGGAUUUACAAGUAUUUAUUACGACAAUUCAAUACUUUGUAUUGAUAUAGACGAAUGUUCUAUAGCAACUCAUAAUUGUGACAACAACGCCGAUUGCUACAACCACGAGGGUGGUUUUCAAUGCAGAUGUCGCGACGGUUAUGAAGGAAAUGGCAUCAGCUGUAAUAGAGUAUCACGUUGCAGAGAUAAACUAUGCGAUCCUAACGCACAAUGUAUAGAUAAUCCUGCCGAAGAGCCAAUUUGUUUAUGCAAUCCAGGAUUCACUGGUGAUGGGCGCAGAUGUUGGCAAGCAAUUGAAACUACGUGUAGCAGAUGCUCGCCGUAUGCCUAUUGCCGUUAUUCAGAUGAAAUUAAUGGUUACAGAUGCCAGUGCAACGCUGGUUAUACUGGUGAUGGAGAAUAUUGUACUGAGGAAAUUACCACCGAGAAAGAUGUAACAGAGACUUCCGAAAUAUCUGUAGCUCCUUUACAAUCUACUACACCUAUGCCGGAAGCUGAAGUCAAUGAAACGUUUGUACUUCCCAACUGUUUAUAUGGUGAAAAUUAUGAGUGCUUCUGUCCCCCAGGAUACUCAAGAUUUAAAGACGAAAGGGGCAAUGAUUUGUGCCGUAUAAAUGGUUUUAAAGAACCACCGGUAAAUGAAACCAAUGCUGACGAAACUACUGACACUGCUAUAACCUGCAACACGGAUACAGAAUGUCCACCAAAUGCUAUUUGUUCAUACCAGGCGGGUGAAACACGUGGUCAUUGCGUGUGCCCUGAAGGUUACGAAGGAGAUGCAUAUGAGUGCAUUGAACGAACGGGUUCUAGUUGUUCAUGUGGUCCUAACGCCCAUUGUAUAGAUACAGCCGCUGGAGAAAUGAUGUGUGUUUGUGAUCAUGGUUAUCGCGGAGAUGGAUACAUUUGCAGGCCUAAUUUUAGUUGCACAAACACUUCCGACUGCGAAUACAAUGCAGAAUGCAGGCCGGAUCCAAAUUCUAACGAAUACGUUUGCCAGUGUAUAGAAGGCUAUGUUAAGGACCAAAACGAUGCUUGUAUACCAGAUGCACAAUUAUGUAACGGAGCCGUGUGUGCAGAACAUGCGACUUGCGUCUACGAUGAAACAUUACAAGUCAAUUACUGCAGUUGCGGUGAAGGUUUCGAAGGCGAAGGAAUUUUUAAGUGUGUUCCAUUAGGUAAAACUUGUGAUGUAACAAACGAUUGCAGUCCAAACGCAAUAUGCACACCUACCGAAGCAUCGCAUCAGUGUAUAUGCCGUGAAGGAUUUUCUGGAGAUGGUUAUACAUGCAAUCCAGAAAUGAAUUGUAAAACAAACAUAUAUCUAUGCGACGUCCACGCUUCAUGUUUGAAGACUAGCGAAGGUUAUGAGUGUGAAUGCAAUAAUGGAUAUAAUGGUAAUGGAUCUUACUGUGAGCUUAAUCCGAGACAAAUUGGCAACUUCUUGGUCGCAAGUGAUGGAGCAUCAGUGUACCGAGUGCCGUUCAAAGUGACUCCACGAGAUUUUGCUACGCCACUUAACAGUGCCAUUUAUCAAAUAGCAGUAGGUGUCGACGUCGACUGUCUCACUGGAAAAAUUUACUGGGGUGAUGUAGGGGCCAGUGCCAUUAAAAGUGCUUCCUAUGAUGGAUCUAACUUUGAACAAUUUUUAUCAUACGAUAUUCAGUCACCAGAAGGUUUAGCUGUAGACUGGGCGGCAAGAAACAUAUUCUGGACUGAUUCCAAGAAACUAACCAUUGAGGUGGCCAAUCUAGACACUAAAGUAAGAAAAGUUUUAUUCAAAAGGGAUGGCAUCUUCAACCCUCGUGGCAUUGCAGUUCACCCUGGAAAAGGUAAAAUUUUCUGGUCAGACUGGAAUCGUCUAGGGCCUAAAAUCGAAUGGGCGAACAUGGAUGGCUCGCAGAGAGGUGUGUUGCUAGACAGAUCACAGGUCAAAUUGCCAAACUCCUUGGCUAUCGACUGGGCAAGAAAUCGUCUUUGCUUUACCGAUGCCGGGCUGUACACCAUUAAAUGCGUUAGCAUCGAUACCUUAGAGAUUGAAACAAUUGUUUCCAAUUGCUCAUAUCCAUUUGGCAUUGCUAUCAGUGGAGACAAUUUCUACUGGACGGACUGGAAGACGUAA